UUAAGAAAGAGUUGCUCAUUGCUAUAUUUAUUCUGACCUACUUUAAUUAUUUUUUUUUUUACGAAAUCUUAACUGCGAAAAGAUUCAUUACAUUUGUUUAUAGAAGUAUUUUAUUAAGUGUCUAACAAGAACGUAUAAUCAUGAAUCAUGAAGAUCUGUUGACUAAGUUCUGUAACGAGUUUUAUGUUGAAAGCACGCAAGCUCAAUUUUUCUUGGAAUCUACGAAUUGGAACUAUGAAUUAGCCGCUACUCUGUUAGGAGAGGUUUUGCCUCCCGACCACGAAGGAACUCAGGAUAUGAACCAGGGAUUUACUCCUGAAUCAAAUUCCUCAAGGCCUAAUCCUGCAUUACCAAGCACCUUUGAGAAGCCUAACCCUCCCUCGAAUUCCGCCGCACAUUCUAAGGGUAAAAAUGUUCCUCGAAAGAAGAUUGCUACUUUGAGAGAUCUUCAAGAAGACGAAGAUGAUUCAGAGGAGAAAUCAAAUUUAUUUACUGGAGGAGAAAAAAGUGGAUUGUCAGUACAGGGACCUGAUCCCAAAAAACAGCUUGUUCGUGAUAUUAUCGAGAAGGCUCAUAGACAUACAACAUCUUCUGGUAUGGAACACGAGGCUUCACCACCGAUACCUGAAACCGCUUUUAGCGGAUCUGGUCAACGAUUAGGGACAGAAAAUGAUCCCGUGGACUCAGACACACAAUCACGACAAGCUGCUGCACCUCGACCAGUCUCAUCGCACCCAAGAGGUCAGUCGGCGAGUGAGCCUGAAGCUUCUGUUCGUCGUACUUUAUAUUUCUGGAGAAACGGUUUUAGCGUAGAUGACGGUCCACUUUACUCAUAUGAUGAUCCAGCGAAUCAAGAAACUCUUCGGCUAAUCAACAAUGGUCGCGCUCCAUUACACUUGCUUGGUGUUACAAUGAAUCAGCCCAUUGAUGUAGUAGUGCAGCAUCGUCUUGACGAAGAUUACCGAGAACCAGUGAAACCCUUCUCUGGGAAGGGACAGCGUCUUGGAAGCACAUAUGCUCCCCAACACGCUCAAGUUCCUGGCGCUUUUCAUGAAAAAGCUUCCUCUCAAAAUAAGGAGCCUGCCAAGAAAAUUGACGUUGAUCAAAAUCAGCCCUCUACGAGAAUACAAAUCCGCUUGACGAAUGGUUCAAGAACUAUAGUUACUUUGAAUCUAUCUCAUACUGUACACGAUCUGUACGAUGCUGUGCGUGCUUCUUCACCAGGAUCAUUUAUUCUAUGCGUGCCUUUCCCUGCGAAAACUUUAGAGGAUGAUGCAUCUGUGACCAUUGAGCAAGCAUCUUUACGAAACGCAUCUCUUGUUCAAAAGCAAAUAUAGACGAAAAGAACAGACGCAGGUUAUGUUUAUAUUAUGUCAGUAAAUAAAAAUAUUUGUAUGAAAAGAGUCGCUUAUUGAAAGUCAGUUUGCUUAUAUAAAACAAUGAAUACGUACAUGCAACAAUCCUUUUCUUGUUUGCAGAAUCUGACUAGUAUUAUCAUUCGUAGCUCAACAUAGGUUUCCAUUUCCAAUUUUUGCAGUUUGUAUGAAACUUUAGAAUUUUUGCAAUAUAAAGGUUUUGAAAUUGC